AUGUCGAACAAAGCCGCGUCGCUCACCAGCGAUCAAAUCGAUGAGCUCCUCCUCUCCGCACGAUACGGCGAUCUCGAAGACCUCGAAUCCACCCUCUCGCCUCUCCUCUCCACCUCAUCCCCAUCCUCCCCCUCAGAGCUUUUGGCAACCAUCAAGAACGAAGACUCCAACACUCUCCUCCACUACGCCUCUGCCAACGGCCAUCUCGAAGUGGUGCGCUACCUCCUCCCCUUUUGCGACCUGUCACUCUCGCUAGCCCAAAACGUCUCCGGCAACACCCCACUCCACUGGGCAGGACUCAACGGUCACCUCGACACAGUCAAACUUCUCGUCUCGCACAUCGAAAAGCUCGAAUCGGAAAACCCGGAAGAGGCGAAAAAGUUGAACUUGAUCUUCCACCCAAAGACACAACCGAAGGAAACAGACGCGGAAGCGGGAGAAGACGAUGGUUCGGAGAGAAAGUUGUGGGACGUCAGGAAUAGUGCUGGAAGAGGUCCGAUGAGUGAAGCCCAGAUGAGGGAGCAGGAGGCCGUCGUCAAGUUUUUGUUGGAGAGCAUGAUCGAUGGUCCACAAGGAUCAACACUGCAACCGGCUGAACCGCUCCCCUCAAACCCAAAGCUGGAGACCGAAGCGGUAGAGAAGCAAGCUGCCAAUCUCAGCUUGAACGAGUAG